GUUUCUUCCACACAACAACAAAAGGUCCUUCGCGCAAAGCAAUGUCUUAUGUUCGCUUUUUCCCCUGAUUUUGUCGCUGUUGCGUAACGUAGCUUGUGAGUUUUUUAAAACAGUGUUUUUGCUAUAUUUGUUUAAAGCACAAGUGUUCCGUGAUUCCGUUACGUAUUGUGAACAUGAAGCAUUGAACAUUCUAUCAGAAAACCCAGGAUCUUGCUUGAAGGACAAUGAUGUCACUGGAAAGUGAGAACACCAUGCAGGAGAAGAUUUCAAUGGUAUUAUUUGCAUAAUCAAAGGCUGAUUUGCAGAGAGCAUGGCAUCCUCAUGGGAACAUUUUGGGGAGCUUGCAAAUGUGGCCCAGCUAACGGGUAUAGAUGCUGUGAGGUUAAUUGGAAUGAUUGUAAAAGCUGCAAAUACGGCACGGAUGCACAAGAAGAACUGCAGGCAGUUUGCACAGCAUCUGAAAUUGAUAGGGAACUUGCUGGAGCAGCUCAAGAUCUCGGAGCUAAUGAGGUACCCCGAAACACGGGAGCCUUUGGAGCAGCUAGAAGAUGCUCUCAGAAGGUCUUACAUUUUGGUUAAUAGUUGUCAAGACCGCAGCUAUCUUUAUUUGCUGGCCAUGGGAUGGAACAUUGUUUAUCAAUUCAGGAAGGCUCAGAAUGAAAUUGAUAGAUACUUGCGCCUUGUUCCUCUCAUCACUCUAGUCGACAAUGCUCGAGUCAGGGACAGACUUGAAGUUAUUGAAAAGGAUCAAUGUGAGUAUACUUUGGAUGACGAGGAACAAAAAGGGCAGACUGUUAUUAUGAAACCUGAGCCUGACAAAGGAGAUGCUGUGGUGCUGAAGAAAACACUUUCCUGUUCUUACCCCAGCUUUUCUUUCACCGAAGCACUUAAAAAAGAAAAUGAAAAGCUUCAAGUGGAGCUACAACAUUCACAAGCAAAUAUGGAUAUAAAUCAGUAUGAAUUUAUUCAACAUUUAUUGGAUGUGACAGAAGUUGCAGCUCAUUAUCUUCCAGAGAAGUGUUCAUCCGAAAAAAGUCAUAAGACAGUAGGGUACAGCAACUACAGUUACUCUAAUGGCAACAGCGACAAAGCUCAUUCUUCUGAUGAAAAAUAUCACCAAAAAAGUGAUACUCUUUCCAAAUCAAGAUCAUCAGUUUCAGAAAAGGACCGGUUAUCAACUGGAGGUUCAUAUCAUCAGGAAGAUUGGCAUGCUGAUUUACUUGCUUGUUGUUCUGAACCUUCUCUUUGUUUGAAGACAUUUUUCUUUCCUUGUGGGACAUUGUCAAAGAUUGCGACUGUUGCAGCUAACAGGCCAAUAUCUUCUGCAGAAGCAUGUAAUGAAUUGAUGGCAUAUUCAUUAAUUUUAUCUUGCUGUUGCUAUACUUGCUGCAUUAGGAGGAAGCUUCGGAAGAUGUUGAACAUCACGGGGGGCUUUAUUGAUGAUUUUCUUUCUCAUUUGAUGUGUUGCUGCUGUGCCCUUGUGCAAGAAUGGAGAGAAGUGGAUAUCCGUGGGGUUUGUGGUCCUGAGAAGACCAACACAAGACCUCCACCCUCACAGUACAUGGAAUCUUGAUUAACAAAUCGAGG